GUGGGGAAAUGCUCACUUUCAGGGGCGAGGUGCUGAGUUGUGGUGGGGCUGCAAGGCAAAAGGGACAGGUAGGACUGAGACGAGAAACGCGGAAUAGGCAUAGUACCAGCAGCCGUCCCUCCGCCGCGUUCACCCCCUGAGCCGCGAAGGUGGCAGCGGGGCGUGCAUGAGAGGGACAGAAAGGGAGAGGAAAGCGCUGGGCAGCGGCAGAGACGGCGCCGAGAGCCGCUGCGGGAACUUGUUCUCUGCGCUCAGUCAACUUGCUGGCCUUGGCUUCGCCUCGGCGGGGUCCAUGGUGGCCGUUUAGGGAGAAGAGCGCUGAGAAUUCGCCCUUCCUCUCCGUGCCCGUAGCAAGAAGCAGCCGGCCCCGCCGAAGGCUGCCGGGCACUGAGGCUGCUUGAGGUCCUAGCCAAGUGCCCGCAAGCGGGCUUAAGAGGCUUGGCUGCCUCGCCGGUUGGCGACGACGGGUUCCUGUUGCCUGUCUGCCCGGCUCUUCACCGUGGAGAUAGUUUGCGCGCUCCCGGAGCUGAAACUGCCCAAGGAGAGCGGGAGGACAGUUAGUCUGCCUGACUAUGCUUUGGCGCGCCGCUCCUCACUGAAUUGUCGAGGCGCUCCCAGGAUUUCCGUGCAGGAACUCCGAAGUAGCCUCGUAGCGCGCUCAGCCGUUAAACGGAGCGCACCGCAAGUUGUGGUUGCCGCCGCUAAGUCGCCCGCGCCUCCUCCGCCGCUCUCUCUUCCAAGGGAGCCGCAGCCAUGAACAUCAUCUUGGAAUUCUUCGUCGUUACCUUCAAGGUCCUCUGGGCGUUCGUGGUGGCCGCUGCCAAAUGGCUCGUGCGCCCCAAGGAGAAGAGCGUGGCGGGGCAGGUGUGCCUCAUCACCGGCGCUGGCAGUGGGCUGGGCCGCCUCUUCGCUUUGGAGUUUGCCCGCCGCCGAGCACGCUUGGUGCUCUGGGACAUCAACACACAGAGCAACGAAGAGACGGCAGGCAUGGUGCGGAACACCUACCGCGAGAUCGCCGAGGAAGCCGUGGUCGCUGCCCAGAAAGGUAACGGUGGUUGUUGCUGUGGGGACGCUGGGCAUGGUGAAGAAGAAGUGGUACCUCACUACAACUUGCAAGUUCACACAUACACAUGUGAUGUGAGCAAAAGAGAGAAUGUGUAUACAACUGCUGAGAGAGUCCGCAAGGAAGUUGGCGAAGUCUCAGUCCUGGUUAAUAACGCUGGUGUAGUUUCUGGACACCAUCUCCUGGAAUGUCCUGAUGAGCUUAUUGAGAGGACCAUGAUGGUUAACUGCCAUGCACAUUUCUGGACCACUAAAGCAUUCCUUCCCAAAAUGCUGGAAUUGAAUCAUGGACACAUUGUGACUGUUGCUAGUUCCCUCGGCCUAUUCAGUACUGCUGGAGUGGAGGAUUAUUGCGCCAGUAAAUUUGGAGCUGUGGGUUUUCAUGAAUCUUUGAGCCAUGAACUGAAGGCAGCUGAAAAAGAUGGUAUUAAAACAACGUUGGUCUGUCCUUACCUUGUAGACACAGGAAUGUUCAGAGGCUGCAGAAUUAGAAAAGAAAUUGAACCAUUCCUUCCACCCUUGAAACCAGAUUACUGUGUAAAACAAGCUAUGAGAGCUAUACUUACAGACCAACCUAUGAUUUGCACACCUCGCCUGAUGUACAUGGUCACCUUCAUGAAAAGCAUCCUGCCUUUUGAAGCAGUUGUGUGUAUGUACCGGUUUUUGGGAGCAGACAAGUGCAUGUACCCUUUCAUUGCUCAACGAAAACAAGCCACAAAUAACAAUGAAGCAAAAAAUGGAAUUUAAUGUUUUACAAAGGACUGGUGUUUGUAGCUCAAUUAUGAUCAAAACAUAAUGACUGAAUUGUGAAGAGCACUUGCAUUUAGCAGAUGCAAUAGUUAACAUUUUAUUGUGGCAUUCUCUUGGAUCCUAUACUUCUAUAGUGGACAGAAGAUCAAUGGUUUUACAUACUGUAUAUAACAUAAUAGAGGUCUCAGAAGCUGUGAUGAGCAAAGUGAAUUUAUAAAAUGUAGUGGUCACCCUUGUCCUUUUCAAACUUUAUUAAAUUUACAGUAACAUGCUACUCUUUUGUAGACAAACUAUGUGUAAGAGUUACUCCUGAGAAGUUAUUCAACCAGAAGAUCCAAUUGUUUCAGCAACUGUUAAUUUUCUUGUGGUAUUUUUUGUAGGUAAACAUUUUUGAACAAAUGUGGUGACAGCAGGGCAGUGUUUAAUGGGUUCACCCACUCUGUGUGGAACAGAUAAAUUUCAGUGAAAUUCUCCUGUGUAGCAACUACAUUACUGAGCCCUAAAUCAAGAGGAAAUGUAUAUUUGGGAAGUUUUCAGAAUGAAGUUAUACAAGACACUUUAUUCCCGUUACUGAGAAAGAUUCCCCUCCUGCCCUUCACCAUCCUUUUAAAGUUGAUAGCUUCUUAAAGUGGCAAUUUGUAUUUUGCAAUGGCAGUGGCACAUCUAAAUUACAACUUACAUAAUCUUAUACAUUUCAUGGCAAAAAUCAUUUCCCACAUUACCCUCAAGUGUAAUGUUUCUUUACCCAAGCUCUUCCCUAAAAUCCAAAAGCAAUUGAGCAAAGAGAAUUACAUUUUUUAAAGUCUUAGUUCUUGUGCCAACUAACUGCAAAGAUACAAUUAAUGCAACUUGAACAUUUGAGUGUGGAAAGGGUGUGUAAAUUUCUCUUUUUACAAAAAAGUGUUCACAUUGUAGAACCAGAUGGGGUUUUUUUGUAAGAACAAUUUUGUGCCUUGAAUUUGAUAAUCUGUAUUAGCAGAAUAUUGUAAAGGUGAACUUCUACCUCUAUAUCUAAACGUAUACCAUCCACUUGUAAAUUUAUUAUAAAAUGAAUCCUGUGGUGACUUUUUUUAGAAUGUCAUGUUAAAUAGUGACCAACUUUUGUGGUUAUUAAAGUGAGCCACUCUGUUCUUUAAA